AUGGCCAUCUCACUUAGGCUUAAUCUUCUACCUACCCUUCUGCUUGCCCUGCAGAGCAGUGCCAUUCGCUUGGAUGCUCGGGAACCACCCGCUGAUUGCUCCACGAACAGGACCUAUACUGCAGUUUCUGGAGAUACCUGCGCAAAGAUCGCAAGUGCGCAUAGCCCUGGGGCAUUAUGCAUGGACAUUGCGGCGGCCAACUCUCUCAGCAUUCAGGAACUUCUCGAGUGGAACACAUACAUCAAUCCCGAAUGUACGAACCUCCAGGCUGGUGACGAGGUCUGCGUGGCCCUACCAACCCCUUCACCGACUACAACAUUUGUUGCUUCCCCGACGACGUUACAAAAAAGGGGUUACGCUACUUCGAUCGUAGAGCCACCUGGUCCUGUCCCUCACGGGACGACGAAGAACUGUGGGCUAUACUAUGGAGUAAAACCGGGCGAUUUCUGUGACUCGAUUGCCGACCGAUUCAGCAUUGACUAUCAGCUCUUCAGGGAUAUCAACCCAGCCAUUGACGCUGAUUGCACGAAUCUUGUCCCGGGUCUCUACUACUGCGUCUCUCCAACCCGGGACUGGGACCAGACAACGACUACCAUCUCGACUUCGACGUACGCUUCUGCGCCUGCGCCCACGACAAGUGGAACUACUUCUAAUUGUUACGAGUGGUACGUUGUUCACUCUGGAGACACCUGUAACCAAAUCGCGUCGAUCUAUGGCAUUUCCGUCCAGGAGUUACGGCUCUGGAACCCAAGCCUCAGACAGGACUGCUCAAACCUGAGACCCGGCCACGCGUAUUGUGUCCAUGGAGAGCUCCCGAGUGUUCCGACUCCGCACUCGACUCCCGCACAGCCUACACCAGACUUCUCUUAA